AUGGCUGUUCACGUUGUUUCCAAACUGGAUAAUAACCAGCAUGCAACCUUCAACCUCGAAACUGCUGCUCAGAGGCAACUAGCGGAGUCUUCAGUAAGAAUUCGCACGCAGCUGAUCAGUCUCACUUCAAACAAUCUUACUUAUGCUUUAUUGGGUGGAUUAUUCCGUUGGUGGGACGCGUACCCCGUAUCUGAAGACUAUCCCACACCAUACAACGACCCAUCAGCAUGGGGCAUCGCCCCAGCCUGGGGCUAUGCUACAGUGGAAGAAACAACCAUUCCAGAAUUACCCAAGGGAACACUUCUUUAUGGAUUCUGGCCCACAACGAGCACACCCACCGACCUCAAACUCAAACGUGGCUCACCAGAAGGCCACUGGAUCGAGACCAGCGACCAUCGACAGAAAUUGAUGCCCCUGUACAACCGCUACACGGUAGCUCAGACAUCGACCCCAAUCUCCGAUUUGACCACCGCGCUCAAUCCGCUUUCAGAUUCUGCACAGGAGAAGCUAGAUCGUAUGGCCUGGAACGCGCUGUUCCUUGGUGGCGUGGCCGGAUACGUUCUCAGCGAGUAUGUUUUCUCGUCCAACCCAGACCAACCGCCCAUCCAUCCACUGGGAAACCAAGCUGGGGAAUGGACUCUGUCAGACGGGGAUCUGUCGUCCGCAGUCGUAGUAAACCUGGCCGCGUCAACUAACACGGCCCGUGUUUUUUCCUACUAUCUGUCCCGAAAGCCGGAUGCUUCGGCACCGCUUGGCUUGUUGCAAAUUACGUCAGGUGUUUCACGCAUUGCAGAGGCAAGUCGGAACAUAGCUUCUUCUGUUCCUUCCAAGGCGGUUGGAUACGGGGAUAUCAAAUCCGAGGAGAAUGCGGAGUGGUUGGCUAGCUGCAAGGCGGAAAAGAUUGUUAUUGUUGACUUCGGUGGUCGUGCAAACGCCCUGGAAGACACACUAUCCCUGAUCAAGAAUCAUGCGGAGUUGCAAUCAUGCAAGGUUGUUAUUGUCCAGGUGGGCAAUGAGCAGAAGGUAUACUCGAUGGAGGAGAUGAUUGCCGGAAGAGAAGCAUCGGCAAAGCUUGGAAAGGUUCAAUACAACACUUCUGGUGUUCAAGACACGAUCCUCGAGACUGUUGACCUGGAAGCCUAUUUUGCAACAAGAAACGAACAGUGGGAAAAAUGGCUGGAUGAGCGACACCUGAGCGUGCCAGGAAAGCAGAUUGUGUUUGGUCGCGGUGUUGAGGGUGCUGAUGGUAUUGAGGGAGGAUGGGAGAGACUGUGUCAUGGACAAGUAGGGGGCGAUGAAGGAUUGGUGUACAAGAUGCAGGCUUGA